AUUUUUUUUUUUUUUUCCAUUUCUAGCCUGUGAAGUAGUGGGGUUUGUAGAGGAGUGAAAUUCCGGUGCAUAAGAACUGUAUUUUCCAAGGCAUUGUGGAUUGAUUUUCACUCAGUUCUUUAAAAGCUUUCUAGAUUCUAGGGUUUCUGCUUCUUCCAGAACUGUAACAUUCUGAGUUGUGCAUUGGUCGAUUCGAUGGUAGUAUUGGGUUUUAGUUUGAAAUCCAUGCUUCUUUAAGAUAUUACUUUUGGGAUAUUUUUUUUAAAGUUAAGUACGUCAAGUAUGGACAUUGAAGACGAGGAAAGUAUUGCAUAAAUGGGAAAUUUGGGAGGUGAAUAUUGAUUCAGAAGGAGGGUUUUGUUGUUGGGGUUGGUUUUGGUGCAUUAUGGGUUGCAUCAAUUGCAAGCCCUCCGCUAUCGAGGAUAGCAAGGAGAGCCCGAGAGAGCGGUUCUCAAAAGCAUCGUCAGACUGGCAGGCAUCGAGAGUGACCUCGUCCAGAAGGGAGGAAGUGCAUCGAGCCAAGGAUCGGUAUGAUAACAAUGAUGGGAGGACAAUGUUGAUCGAUAAGCAAUCAAAUGGUUUGGUUCGGUUACACAGUGGGCAUUUGGAGACCAAGAGGGAGAAGAUGGAGUAUAUUGUUGCUCAACAUCCGGGAAUGGGUAGUGUUCCGAAAGCUACGGAAGGGGAGCAGGUUGCAGCAGGGUGGCCAUCAUGGUUGGCUGCAGUGGCUGGAGAGGCUAUUAGGGGAUGGACUCCACGGCGUGCUGAUUCUUUUCAAAAGCUGGAUAAAAUUGGCCAGGGAACUUACAGUAAUGUUUAUAUGGCUCGUGACCUUGAACAUAAUAAAACUGUUGCUUUAAAGAAAGUAAGGUUUGAUAACCUGGAGCCCGAGAGUGUUCGCUUUAUGGCUAGGGAAAUUCACAUUUUGCGAAGGCUUGAUCAUCCAAAUGUAAUAAAAUUGGAAGGUCUAGUUACAUCAAGGAUGUCUUGUAGCUUAUACCUUGUUUUUGAGUACAUGGAGCAUGAUUUGGCAGGGCUUGCUUCACACCCUGGUCUGAAAUUUACGGAAGCACAGGUUAAAUGUUACAUGCAGCAACUUUUACGGGGACUUGACCAUUGCCACAGCCAUGGCGUUCUACAUCGUGACAUAAAGGGUUCCAACCUUCUAAUUGACAACAAUGGCAUCUUGAAGAUUGCAGACUUUGGUUUGGCAAGUUUUUUCAAUCCCCAUCAAACUCAGCCACUUACAAGUCGUGUUGUAACUCUUUGGUACCGGCCACCAGAGCUUUUACUUGGAGCUACUUACUACGGAACAGCUGUGGAUUUAUGGAGUUCUGGUUGUAUACUUGCUGAAUUAUAUGCUGGCAAGCCUAUUAUGCCAGGAAGAACCGAGGUGGAGCAAUUACAUAAAAUUUUCAAGCUUUGCGGUUCACCCUCCGAGGAUUAUUGGAGAAAAUCGAAGUUGCCUCAUGCAACAAUAUUUAAGCCCCAGCAACCUUAUAGACGCUGUGUUGCAGAAACAUAUAAGGAUUUCCCUGCACCUGCAUUAGCAUUGAUGGAGACUUUACUUUCCAUAGAUCCUGCUGAUCGUGGAUCUGCAGCUUCUGCUCUCACAAGUGAGUUCUUUACAACAAAACCAAUUCCUUGUGAUCCUGCCAGCUUGCCGAAGUAUCCUCCGAGCAAAGAGUUUGAUGCAAAAGUACGGGAUGAGGAAGCCAGAAGACAAGGAGUAGCAGGAAGCAGAGGCCAGAGACUUGACCUCGAAAGGAGAGGAACAAGGGAAUCUCGAGCCAUUCCAGCGCCUGAUGCAAAUGCUGAAUUAGUCUUGUCAAUGCAGAAACGACAAGGUCAAUCAAACUCUAAGAGCCGGAGUGAAAAGUUUAACCCUCAUCCGGAAGAAGUUGCUUCUGGCUUUCCAAUUGAUCCACCUAGACCAUCACAAGCUGUCGAAGGAAGCAUAGAGCCCCAGGAGCAUCAUCACAAGAGAGCCUCCCAUUCAGGGCCACUGGCUCACCGGGCUGCCUGGGCAAAGGCUGGCAAGAACUUGGAAGAUGCUGCAAAGAUAUCGACUGGGGUCAAUUUGUCAACAAUAUCAGGUUUAGUGGAAGCAAGGAGGAUAUCUGAAGAUCGCAGACAAAGGUCUAGUUCUUCACAGCCAGAAGUUGCGAAAUUUAUGGGCAGGUUUCCGGGAUCCUUCAAGGAGGGCUCGGAUUUUGUGAUGCAACAAGAUCAAAAGCAUCACGCUCAGGGAAUUGCAGGUUCUCAUAGAAAGGAAGAUGCAAAAAUCAGCAACAAAGAUCCAAUUCUUCUUGGUUAUGGGUCAAAGGGUCACAAAAUACACUACUCUGGUCCAUUGCUAGUUCCAUCAGACAACAUGGAUCAGGUGCUGAAGGACCAUGAUCGGCAGAUCCAGGAAGCUGUUAGGCGAGCACGCCUUGAGAAGGCAAAGGUCAGAAAAGUUCAGGUUGAGGGGAAUCAAAUUUCAACCAAUUCAUUUUUUGUUUCUGGUCGUUAAACUGGUUGAUGUAAAUCCCAAAUGAAGCUGACCAUCAUCAGCAAGAUCACUGCACGCAGUUUAGCUGGUGAUUUCUGGUGCAAGAUAAGUUACUCAUUUGGUGGGUUUUUUCCUUCUCUGAUUUUCUUUUUGAAUAGGUCCUAGAAGGAUGGCUAGUGGCCAUUUUUAGCUAAGCUUAUAGCUUAUAGCUCAUUGAUAAGUCUCUCUCUCUCUCUCUCUCCACUUUGCAAUUACCCCAUGUAUUUUCUUUCCACUAUGCAGCUGAAAUUGCUAGAAGUAUGGGCGAUUCUUGUUGAUCUAAUUUGUCAUUAUAAGCUGUAGAGAAUGUGGAUAAACAUGUCAUUUGCUUUUGUGAUGAAAAGAGUAAGCUAUUGCAUCCUCCGCACUGAAAUCACGAAGGUGAUGAAUGCCAUCCUAUGUAGGGCGCCCAAACGCUUUCUCUGAUAUCAUUGUUACAGUGGCUGUGUUAUUAUUA